UCCUGUUCAUAUCUCUUUCCCUCUUGUGUUUCUUCCAUUACAUCUCUGAUUCACGAGAAUAAAAAUGGCGGCUACUUAUAUUGUGUAAUUUAAAACUUGAUUAUUAUUAUUCAGAGAUGCCUUUAAGGGUUUUGUUCAGUGACGCAAGGAAUAUUUUUAGUAAAGAUGAACUUAAUCAAGAGAUAACAACAAUUGCUUUGCCAGCAGCACUGGCUUUGGCAGCAGAUCCCAUAGCUUCUCUGAUUGAUACAGCUUUCAUUGGCCACAUAGGUCCUGUGGAGCUUGCAGCUGUGGGAGUUGCUAUUGCGGUCUUCAACCAGGUCUCAAAAAUUGCAAUAUUCCCACUUGUCAGCAUUACGACUUCUUUUGUUGCAGAGGAAGAUGCUUCUGGAAGCUUGAGCAAUAAAGUAGAGGAAAUUGAGAUCAUACAGAGAGGUUUUACUCCAGAAGAUGAUGAACAUGAUGAAUUGGUGCCCAUACUUGGAACAAGCAAUGAAACAUGGAAAAUGGAAAAUAGAGAGCCUAAACGAAGACAUAUUCCAUCAGCAUCAUUGGCUUUACUAAUUGGUGCAUUUCUUGGACUUGCUCAAGCUUUGUUUCUAAUUUUUGCUGCAAAGCCUAUCUUGGACUACAUGGGCAUCAACUCUGAUUCACCUAUGCUACAUCCAGCCAGGCAGUACUUGACAGUGAGAUCUCUUGGUGCACCAGCUGUUCUCCUUUCUUUGGCCAUGCAAGGAGUCUUUCGUGGAUUCAAAGAUACAAAAACACCAUUAUAUGCAACUGUGGUUGGUGAUUUAGUGAAUGUCAUAUUAGAUCCAAUAUUCAUCUAUGUUUUACGUAUGGGUGUUACCGGUGCUGCCAUUGCCCAUGUUGUGUCCCAGUACUUGAUGUCCCUUAUACUGUUGUGGAAGUUAAUGGGAGAAGUUGAUUUAUUACCCCCAAGUAUUACUCAUCUACAAUUUGGUCGGUUUCUUAAAAAUGGUUUUCUGUUACUGUUGAGAGUAAUAGCUGCUACAUUCUGUGUCACUCUUUCUGCUUCAUUGGCUUCAAGACUGGGAACAACAUCAAUGGCUGCAUUUCAGAUUUGCUUGCAGGUUUGGCUGGCAACUUCAUUGCUGGCUGACGGUUUGGCUGUUGCUGGGCAAGCCAUACUAGCUAGUGCAUUUGCAAGGAAGGAUUUUGUCAAAGCCAAGUCAACAGUAGCUCGUGUACUGCAGUUGGGUUUAGCACUUGGCCUGAUUCUCUCGGUCAUCGUGGCUUCAGUUCUGCAUUUUGCUUCAAAGUUAUUUACAGAAGAUGUCAAUGUCAUCCAAAUGAUAAGCCUGGGCAUACCUUUUGUUAUAGGAACACAACCCAUUAAUUCUGUAGCAUUUGUUUUCGACGGUGUCAACUAUGGCGCAUCAGAUUUUUCUUAUUCUGCGUAUUCUAUGAUUUUGGUUUCAUCAGUGAGCAUCCUAUGCUUGAUUUUAUUGGCAUCAAGUUAUGGUUUUGUUGGUAUAUGGUUAGCUUUGUCCAUCUUCAUGACUUUGCGGGCAUUGGCUGGCUUUUGGAGGAUAGGAACUGGAACUGGACCUUGGAGUUUUCUUAGGGAGUGAUUAACUCCUAAAUAUUUUCACAUUUAAUCCGUGGAUUCUCUACAUUUUCCCUACUGGCGACGACUGGUUUUAAAUGGGGAAGAUUAUUUUAAUUUCAUUUACUUGCACAUGAUGUAAAUGUUAAUGCUGAAAGAUCUAUAAACUAUACACGAGGGGAGAAGAAAUGUCACCUUUCCAACUAUUUAUUUGAAAUUAUAUUGGAUUUUUCUUCUUGGAAUUUAGAGCAUCUCAAGCCGGUUUUGUUUGAA